AUGGACCUGAGCCCCACAGCCUGGAGGAACCAUCUAGAUGGGUGCGUCCACUCCAUGCUGAAGCCUGGGGGUUCUGCAGAAGGAUCUCUUGGUUUAGUUACUAGGUGAUUUCGUGUAUAUUUGGGGU